CAAAGUUUUCAAGUAUAGUAAGUGUGUGUGCUUGAUAAGUGAAACAAACAAAAAAAAAAAAGAAUGCCGAAAAAAAAGAAAUCCAAAUCCAAAUCCAAAGGAUUGUUUGCAUUGGAAAAAGGACCAACACCAUCCAAAAUGGAACCAAAAGAAAUAACCGGUCUUUAUAAUGUUGGCCCAGGUCAAAAAUUUCAAACCGAAGAAGAUAUUAUAAAAUUUUUUAAAUAUAAAUUAGAAGAAAAACUUGGUGAAGGUGGUUUUGGUGUUGUUUAUAUUGCUGUUGAUCAAACAACAAAUGCAAGACAAGCAUGUAAAAUGUGUCAAUUAGGUAAUAAUAUGAAUGAUUCAAGAAUAAUGGAUAUGAAAAAUGAAUUAUUUAUUAUGGAAAAAGUUAAACAUUUAUAUAUUGUUAAAUUAAUGAAACAUUUUAUGUGUUUAACACCGACUGGUAAUCGUUUAUAUAUAUUUAUGGAAUUAGCUGAUGGUGGUGAUUUCGGGAAAUUUAUGAGUAAAACAGGACCACUGACCGAACCACAGGCAAAACUUUAUUUUGCACAAAUAAUCUGCGGUAUUAAUCAUAUGCAUUCAUUAGGUAUUGCACAUCGUGAUAUAAAACCGGGUAAUAUUUUAUUAAAAAAAGAUACAACAUCAUUAACAGGUGAUUUUUUAUUAUUGGUUACUGAUUUUGGUUUAAGUCGUAUACAACAUCAUGAUAAUCAAGGACAAAUAGCAAUGAAUCGUACUGUUUGCGGUACACCAAUAUUUAUGGCACCUGAAAUAUUAUUACGUAAACCAUAUGUUGCAUUUGGUGUUGAUAUUUGGGCAUUAGGUGUUACAUUAUAUAUUAUGAUGACAUCACAUUUACCAUUCGAUUUUCGUGAUCGUGCUAAAGCUGUUAAAGAUAUGGUGGAAAAAAAAUGGACAUUCGAUUGUCGUAUCUAUGUGGGUAAUCUACCACCAGAUAUUCGAACCAAAGAUAUUGAAGAUUUAUUCUAUCGUUUCGGUAAGAUUGCAUUUGUUGAUUUGAAAACACGUCGUGGUCCACCAUUUGCAUUUGUUGAAUUUGUUGAUCCAAGAGAUGCAAAAGAUGCUGUUUAUGAACGUGAUGGUUAUGAUUAUGAUGGUUAUAAAUUACGUGUUGAAUUUCCACGUGGUCGUGAACGUGGUCCGGGUGGUGUUUUUAAAUCAGGUAGUCGUGGUGGUGGCAGUUCAUCCACCAAUCAUCAUCCUAAACGACCAGCACCAACACGUCGUUCUACUUAUCGUAUUAAAGUUACUGGAUUACCAUCAUCCGGUUCAUGGCAAGAUUUAAAAGAUCAUAUGCGUGAAGCAGGUGAUGUUUGUUAUGCUGAUGUUUUUAAAGAUGGAACAGGUGUUGUUGAAUUUUUACAUCAUAAUGAUAUGAAAUAUGCAUUGAAUAAAUUAGAUGGUUCAAAAUUUCGUUCACAUGAAGGUGAAACAUCAUAUAUUCGUAUUGAAAAAGAUUCAUCUGAUCGUGGUGAUCGUCGUAGUCAUGGUCAUGGUCAUCAUCGUUCCCGAACACGUUCAAGAUCAAGAUCUUAUUCUCGUUCACGUUCACGUUCAAGAUCUCGUUCCUAUCGUUCAUCAUCAUCACGUGAUUCAUCAAUAUCAUCAAAACAUUCACGUGAUUCACCAACUUAUUCACCACCACCACGAUCAAGAUCACAUCGAAGAUCAAGAUCUCGUUCCCGAUCAUCUCGAUCUCGUACACCAUCAUCAUCCGCAUCCGAAUCAUCAAGACACCAUUCUCGUUCACGUUCACCAACCAUAUAUAGUCGUAGUCGUUCACAUACACCGGAUAAUCGUAAUCGUUCAUUAUCAAGAUCUCGUUCACCACCAACACCAUCACCAUCACCACCAAAUGAUGGUGAUAAAAGCUUAACACAUUCAGAUGGUGAUGAAUCAUCAAGAUCCAUACAUAAUGAUUGAAUGAUUGAUUGCUUAUUUCAACCAUUUAGGCUUAUUAAAUUGGCUGCUGCUGAUCAUGGAUGCACAUCAUAUAAAUACACAUCAAAUAAAGAUGGUUA